GUUUCAAAGGAAUUUCGCGCGGGAGAUAGCCAGCAAGCAAUCGGAGCUCACACAAUGGCCAAUCAUGAUCUUGAACUGGAGAAAGCUCGGUUGCUAAGCUUGGCUCUCGAAUGCGGCUUCGAUGAAGCUUCCGCAAACAAAGGCUUCGAUCGUCUUCUCCAGCUCUACGGCGAUGAUGGGCGAGAUUUCAUCACCGUGGAGCACUGCGGCGACGAUUUUCUGGCGGCACUUGCCGAAUCCAUGGAGGACAGCGAGGAGUGGGAUGAUUUACAGGACGCCGAAAUGGAAGCUUCCGGAAAUUUGGAAACUUUUCUUGACGGCGAAGAUCUCAUCGAUGGUGGCCGAAAGGCGAGUGGUGAUGUUCAUUCCGUAGAUGAUGAUAAUUUGCCUGUGGCUUCCAAUAAGAGAAAUUUUGUGGAAUUGGAUUCUUCCAGUGACAGUGAUUCGAAUUUGGGAGUUCGGAGGAAAAAAGAUGCUGUGAACACACCUUCCUCGUGUUCUGAUUGGCGAUCGAGUUUUGGGUUUGCUCGGAGUCCAGGGUCCUUGGACUGUAAGAGCAGUGUCACUCGAGAAUCAGUUUCGACAACAAGUAAUGGAAAUCAGUCCCUCAGGAUAUCGAGAGAUGAAGUUGAGACUCUGAGUUAUGACUCAUUACAGGCUCUAGACGACCUUGAACUCGCAAAUGUUGUAAUAUUUGGAAAUAGGGAUUUUCGGCCUUUGCAGUAUCAGGCUUGUAAAGCGGCUAUGGAAAAGCGAGAUUGCUUCAUUCUUAUGCCUACUGGGGGCGGUAAAAGCUUAUGUUACCAGCUUCCAGCAAGUCUACAACAAGGUGUGACUGUUGUCAUAUCUCCACUGCUUUCCCUUAUUCAGGAUCAGAUUGUUACACUGAACAGUAAAUUUGGUAUACGCGCAACUUUUUUAAAUUCCCAGCAAUCCCCGUCCCAAGCAGGAGCAGUCCUUCAAGAGCUAAGGAAAGACAAACCAUCAUGUAAGCUUUUGUACGUGACUCCUGAGAGAAUUGCUGGAAACUUUACAUUCGUUGAUGUACUGAAAUGUCUUAACCGGAAGGGACAAUUAGCAGGGUUUGUUGUUGAUGAGGCGCACUGCGUGAGUCAGUGGGGACAUGAUUUUCGUCCAGAUUACAGAGGACUAGGAUGUCUUAAGCAGAAUUUCCAAAAUGUUCCAGUUAUGGCAUUGACUGCCACGGCGACCAAUUCAGUUCGUAAGGACAUAUUAGAAGCUUUAAAUAUCCCCCAUGCUCUUGUCCUUAAAAGGAGUUUUGACAGACCCAACUUGAAAUACGAAGUAGUUGGCAAGACCAAAGAACCACUAAAGCAGCUUAAACAGCUCCUGAUUGACCGUUUCAAGAAUCAGAGUGGAAUCAUAUACUGUCUUUCAAGAAAUGAAUGUGCAGAGGUUUCAAAAUUCUUGAAUGAGAAAUGUAUCAUUAAGACGGUGCAUUACCACGCCGGCAUGUCCUCGUCCCAGAGAGUUGCUGCUCAGAGGAAGUGGUAUCAAGGAGAGGCCCAUGUUGCAUGUGCGACAAUUGCUUUUGGCAUGGGAAUAGACAAACCAAAUGUUCGUUUUGUCAUCCACAAUACACUGUCCAAAUCAAUAGAAAGCUAUUAUCAAGAAUCUGGAAGGGCAGGAAGAGAUAAUCUUCCCGCGGUAUGCAUUGUAAUGUACCAGAAAAAGGAUUUUAGUCGUGUCGUAUGUAUGUUGCGGAAUGGGCAAGGAUAUAAGCGCGAAAACUUCAAGAGAGCAAUGGGUCAAGCUCAGAAAAUGCAAGAGUACUGUGAACUCAAGGAUCAGUGUAGAAGACAAACACUAUUGAAACACUUUGGAGAGUCUUUUGACCAAAAGGGGUGCAAGUUUGGAUCUAAUCCUUGUGAUAACUGUCUCAAGAGUUCCACCUGAGCACAAGCAUGUGCUAUUUCUGCAUAAAGAAUAAUGCAAUUAUUCAAUUUUAGGAUUUUUUUUGCUAUAACCUUAUCCUUGAGAAUUGGGGUUCUGUCUUGUUAA